CGCAAUCGUCCUUCAAGACAUAGUACGGAGGAAAUUGAAACCCUCCGUAAACGUUUGGCUGAACUUGAAAUGCGACAGAAGUCACAAGAAGAUUCACCCCGACAUGUCGCGACGUCGGGAAAUGUUGUUGUUGAGGCGGAUUCUCCGUUAGCCCCCGAACUUACCGCGGAACCACUUCCUGUCAAAGUAAAAAUUCCGCAGAUCGGCAUGUAUGAUGGGACGUCGGAUCCGGACGCUCAUUUAGGUCAUUACACAUCAUGGAUGGAUUUACAUGGAGCUUCAGAUGCUCUGAGGUGUCGGAUGUUCUCACUCACACUGGGGCCGCGAGCCCAGAAAUGGUAUUACACUCUUCCACCUCAUUCAAUUUGGAAAUGGCAGCAACUACGUGCGGCUUUCCGGUCACACUUUAUCGGUGCUCAGAUUUUCCUCAUUCUGAAAGAAUCGAUUACUAACAUCGUGCAAAAAGACGAUGAGACCGUUAAAGAUUAUGUGGCCCGAUUUAAUGACCGGAUUCAGAAUAUGGAGCCAUGUCAUCCUGAAACUUUGUUAGUAACUGCCAUUGCUGGAUUGAGGCCCAAUUCAAUGUUUCGUUGGACCUUAUGCCAAAAUAAGCCUGCAACAUUCCAAGAGUUUCUAGUACGAGCUCAACAAUUCAUCAUUGCCGAAGAAUCCAUGUCGGUCCCCAGUUUCGACUUUUCAGUAAAAGAAAGUAAGGGUGAACCGGAUACUAAGAAGAAAAACAAAAAGAACUUUGGGAAGUCCCAAUUUCGGAACUCCUCUAGAGGGUAUGAAAAUACCCCAGAGUCGCGGGCUGCUC